UAUAAGGCCAAUCAUAUAAAUCAAUCCAGCUUAUUAAGCCAACAAAAUCAAAAUUAUCAAACCCAACGGCAACGACAGCAACAGCUGCAGUAUUCACGACAACAACAUCAAAAACUACAAAGACAAAGGACGCCCAAAAAAUUUCAUGUGGACGAUGCCUAUUAUGAUGCUCGCGAAAUUAAUGGCUUGAGUGAGUUAACCGGAUCAGAAUUUGCGCGAACACAAACACGGCUUAAUAAGCAAUCUCAACCACAGCCACAAUCCCAAUAUCAGCAACAGUUACACCAAAACUCAUUGCUGACCACUCAUAAUUUACCAAAAAUUAGUUUUAGAGGCAACAUCAAAUACUCUCAAAAUAGUAGUGGAAAUAGUAACAAUGACAGCAACAAUAAUAAUAGCAACAAUAAAAAUAACAACUAUCAAUAUAAGAGCAAUAACAAUAGCAAAAGGAAUGAGAAUAAGAAUAAUAUAAGCUACGGUAUAUCAAACCAAAGUGGUGUAUCAUCAAAUGGUCGCAACUUAAACAGCCGAAAUAAUAGUAAUCACAGCAACAGCAAUAGCCGCAACAGCAAUAAUUCGCAGGGCAAGCAUAACAAGAAUAAAAGUACAUCAACCAAUGCCAAUAAUGUGGAUAAUGAUGAACUUAAAGACUACAAGAGUAAAAUCAAAAACAAAUACAACAUCGACUACGACCAUUCACUGGAUGAGGAAUAUGAAAUAAUCGAGGCCAUCGAAUAAAUGCAUCUAAUCGCUAACUCCAGUGAAUGAUGAACUUGAUGAUCUUGCCGACGGUGGCGUUGGUGCUGCUGAUGAUGAAAGCGAUGGGUAGAACUUAAAUUUAAGUGCCUCUGAUUUUAAGCCUCAUGCUCCAAUGUCCUCUAAUCAGCUUUUUAAAUGCAUAUGUAUGUAAACGCAUGUGUAUGUAUCUAUCUGAGACGGCGAAAUUGAUGAGUUAUUUUUGUCCAGAUAUUUGAGCCACGAAAUGGUUUUUUUGUUUUCUUUGUGUAUUUUUUAUUGAUGGAUUGAUUUAUUAGCACUAAGUUGUGAACUUUUAUACAUUUUUUAUAUGCGAUAAUUAAUUAAAUUAAAAUUUAUGUUUUCUAAUGUGAUAAGCAACAAAUUUAAUAAUUAAAACUGUGACAGCGUUUUAAUCAAAGUUUUAUACAUAUAUUCCACAUGCAUACUUAGAGCUAGUACCUUAAGUAUUAUUAUAGUUACUACGCCGUGAUCGAGUGAUUUAAGGUGCGCAUUAACGCUCGGUAGGUCCAGGUAGGUCCAGAGCUCGAUACCUCAAGAAAAACUUUUUCCAAUAGCGGUCGCCCUCGGUAGACAAUGUCAAACCUCCGAAUGUAUUUUCCCCCAUUGAAACCAUUUUGGAAUAAAGAAACAGUGUAAAUGCAC